UCCUCUCAAAUUUCCUUGCCACAACAACCAAGAGAAAUUCCAUUUUCCCGAAACAUAUUCUUUGGCAUGGAGUCUAAAAAAUCUGCUCUUGCUGCAGUGGCGUUGUUAAUGUUAACGCUAGUUACAGUAGUAAAUGGAGAUGAUGAUGCACUACCAUCUGCAACAAAACCAUUGGUUAAAAUAGUGAAGGGAAAGAAGGUUUGUGACAAGGGAUGGGAAUGCAAAGGCUUGUCAAUUUAUUGCUGCAACCAAACGAUUUCUGAUUAUUUCCAGACUUACCAAUUUGAAAACUUGUUUGCGAAGCGUAAUACACCUAUUGCUCAUGCUGUUGGUUUUUGGGACUACCAUUCUUUCAUUACUGCUGCUGCUAUUUACCAGCCUCAUGGAUUUGGUACCAGUGGUGGUAAACUCAUGGGCCAGAAAGAAGUUGCUGCUUUUCUUGGGCAUGUUGGCAGCAAAACCUCUUGUGGCUAUGGAGUGGCUACAGGAGGGCCAAUGGCUUGGGGUUUAUGUUACAACAAGGAAAUGAGCCCCAGCGAUAUAUACUGUGAUGACUACUAUAAAUACACUUACCCAUGCACUCCUGGUGUUUCAUAUCAUGGCAGGGGUGCCCUGCCCCUCUACUGGAACUACAACUAUGGAAAAACUGGGGAAGCCCUGAAGAUUGAUUUGUUGAAUCAUCCAGAAUAUUUAGAAAACAAUGCAACACUGGCUUUCCAGGCAGCAAUUUGGAAAUGGAUGACUCCAGAAAAGAAACACAUGCCAUCAGCUCAUGAUGUAUUUGUUGGCAACUGGAAACCAACCAAGAAUGACACUUUAUCCAAAAGGGUACCUGGUUUUGGCGCCACAAUGAAUGUUCUUUAUGGAGAUCAAGUUUGUGGGAAAGGUGACGAUGAAUCAAUGGAUAACAUAGUCUCUCACUACCUAUACUACCUUGACCUGUUGGGUGUCGGCAGAGAAGAAGCAGGACCUCAUGAAGUGCUUAGCUGUGCCGAGCAAAUUCCUUUCAAUCAAGCUGCUCCUUCUUCAUCAUCUUCUUAAGCCUUGUGUUGUCGGUGGUGCCAAUUUGCCUGUCAUUUGUUGAACUGUUCUUCUUGGAAAGAAUAAUUUUUAUAAGGGACAGGGAGCUGUAGUUUUGGGAAUGUAUACAAGUUCUGAAAAGAAGAAAAAAAAAAUAUAUGUUCAGCUUUAA